GUGCUCCUGAAUGCGACAGCUUCGUGUAGGGAUGAUAAAGUCGAGUCGUUGCUUUUCGUGGCAUUGCGCGAAAAGGAAGCCGUGAUCCGCGCUCAAAGACUGGACAACAGCUCGAGAAAACUUGGUGUUGCUCGCUGCCGAAGUCACGGAUGCAUAUGGAGGUGCCCCCGAACCGGCGCUGUCUGAACCAGCGCAACAGCUGAUCGGAGUACGAAGCGGCGGUGAACGGGGCCACUUUUGCACCAACACCCCGCGGAGAAUACAAAGGCAAUUUUGUUCUGCUGGGUUCCAGGAAGCUUAAUUAAAUUUACUGACCAACCUCAGUGGUCUUAUGAGGAGGUGAAAGAGGGCAAAACGCUUAGCUUAUCGUGAUAAGCCAUCAUGGUCAAAACUUUUCAAGCCUACCUGCCCUCCUGCCACCGCACUUACUCGUGUAUUCACUGCCGUGCUCACCUAGCCAACCACGACGAACUCAUCUCAAAGUCCUUCCAAGGCAGUCAAGGACGUGCCUACCUCUUCAAUUCCGUGGUGAACGUGGGUUGCGGCCCAGCCGAGGAGCGGGUUUUGCUAACUGGCCUCCAUGCUGUUGCCGAUAUAUAUUGCGAGUGCUGCAAGACCACCCUGGGGUGGAAAUAUGAGCACGCAUUUGAGUCAAGUCAGAAAUACAAAGAAGGCAAAUUUAUCAUCGAGCUUGCCCACAUGAUCAAAGAAAAUGGAUGGGAAUGAACCACGUUGGGGAUCUUAUUCCCUUUCUCCUCUCCGAAACCAUUACCCAUUGCCUAUGAUCCUGUAAUUGCCCCCCUCCCCUCCGUCAAACCACCAACGAAAGUCUGUGAUUUAAUUUGUGAUUUAUAAUCUUAGUAACGUUUGUGUUUUGGACAUUUUGAAACCGAUUUCUGUUUCUCCGAUCGAUCCAACGAUGCCGUUCGCCCAAUGCGAAAGAGUCACCGAGUAUUGUACAAAAAUUAUUUUUCAAAAGAAACCAAAAGAGGAAGAGAGAAGAAGAAUUUGCUAGAUUAAGACGACAUAUACAAAGAUGGUGAACAUGAUGAAGGUGCCAUGGUGGGGAUAAAAAAACGAGUUUGCUCGUCCAUACGAGCUCUGGGGUGCCUCCCUGAUUUUAAUCUUUUAGCGAGGAACCCUGCGAUAAAUGUUAAAAAUCCUAGUGAGGGGCACCCCGAAAAUACGACUUUACAUGUUAUUCAUCGGAGCAGCGCAAGUGCUACAGACUUUCCUGAACUUGCCUGCCUGCCGCGUCUAUCAUUGGAAUUUCACUGCCGAUAUUCCUAAUAUUAGGGUUGCAUCGUGUCUAGAUGGUGUGACGGUAGACUUAGUUUAGCCUACAUUACAGCCUACACUACCGUCGGGAACUAUCUCCAAUUUACAGAACGUAAACCAGGAAAUCUUAUCUUUAAUUUAAACCAAGAAAACUUAAAAAAUCUUCUCGGGUUCUCGAGAUAUGAAUUAAAAUGUCCAAGCGUUUAUCAGCGAGAGCGGGGCUCACAGAGAAGUUCACAGAUUUUGCACCUCAUCUUUAACUUCUGAUAUUUCUUGGAAAAGAUGUAGGAAAAAUCUAAUAUUUAGAGGAGAUGAUCUUCAAUCUUUUAUCUUUAAUUGGAGAAAAGAAAAGUUGAAAAAUCUUCACGGGUUCUUGAGUUAUGACUAAAAAUGUCCAAGCGUUAAAAUGUCCAAAACUCGACGCGCCUGGACAUUUUUAGUCAUAACUCAGGAACCCGUGAAGAUUUUUCAAGUUUUCUUGUCUCAAAUUAAAGAUCAGAUUUUGAUGAUUAGCUCCUCUAAAUCUCAGAUUUUAGUCACAAGUUUCUUAGGUCAUGAGACGAGUUAAAGUCGAGGUAUAUAAUUUGAGAAAUUCUUGAAUUAAAAAAAAAAACUUAACAUGUGAUAUUUAUGUUUAAAAAGUCAAAAAUAUCUCUACUAGAGCGCAUUUUACGUGCAAUUUUAUCAGUUUUCUAACUGAUAAUUUUCGACGGCAGUGUAAUAAAUACUGUACUAUAAUAUUAUAAGAUUCGUAUAGAAUUCUAGGUAUAAGGAAGAAAAAGGAGAGAGAGCAGGUACGGGAAAGGUCUGGAUUACGCGCGAAUGUGAGAGAAUUUGUUGGAGCUACCGUGAAAAAAAGGACAUUUUUUGGACAAAAAACUCUGAACUAUUUUUUUAUAAUAUUAAAAUUAAGUUUUUUCUUCCAGAAGGUAAUAAAAUUCGGUCUCACAAGCUUAAGUUGAAGGCAAAAUGUCAAUUUUAUAAAAAGUAAAAAGAACGGUUAAUUUCAAUGAUUUAGAAAAACAAAACUUUAUUUUGUUU